UACAUGCGCAACAGAUGCAGUGUUGGCAACCGGGACAACAACAUGACUGCGCUUGGAAGAUGAUAAACGUAUAAUUCUGUUGUUGCCUACACAAUGGGAGGAUUUGACAGACUACAGAACGUGCUUGUCUGAUUCUAGUUGAUAUUCGGAGUAAAUUAGUCUUGUUAAGUCCACAUCCAACUUCUGCAAGUAUUUUUGUUCAAGGUUUACCAUAAUAAAUAAGGUACUACUAGUAAAUAACCCCAUCCUCUACAAUGAGGAUAAGAAGAGUUGUGAAGACGGUGUUGAGUGUGGAGCAGGUAGAAGGUGUGGGAGCCCAUGUCCGCAGAAGCAUAGGAAGAAAGGAGGUGACCUACGUUUUGAAAGGCGUUUCAGCUCAUGAGGAUUUCUGUGGUCACUCUGGACUACUGAAACCAGGGGAUUUACAGUGGAUGACGGCAGGCCGAGGGGUGGUCCAUGCAGAGAUGCCCGUGUUUGAGGAGCCCGUCCAGGGCCUGCGGCUGUGGGUCAACCUGAGGAGGGAGGACAAGAUGGUGGAGCCCCAGUACCAGGAGCUGAAGGACAGCCAGGUCCCCAAGCCCAGCAGGGAGGGAGUGACUGUGGCCGUCAUCUCUGGACAGGCCCUGGGGGUACAGUCAAAAAUCUUCACCAGGACUCCAACACUAUAUCUGGACCUCAAGCUGGAUGGAGGAGCCAAGCAG